CUGCGGUCACAUGAUAAGAGCGGGAAGUUCCGUGGCAGUGUGUUUGUGAGCGGGCUGGAGGAGACGCUCCGGACUCUCAGCACCGGAAAGCGCGCGCUGCUUGCGUUGGGACCCGUUUAUUAGAAGGCGGAAGUGCGGAGUGUGUGCGGGAUGAAGGCGGUUGUGUUGUGUUUGGCGGCGUGUUGCUGCUUCGGCGUGUCUGUGGCUGACACUCCCGCUAACUGCACUUAUGAGGAGCUGCUGGGCUCCUGGGUGUUCCAGCUCUCUAAAGUGGGCCAGGACAAGAACAUCGACUGCUCCACUGCCGGUCCGACAGUGAGGUCAGUGAGUGUGCAUCUACAGAAGCUCUCUCAGGCUGUGGAUGACCUUGGAAAUACUGGCUUCUUCACCAUCAUCUACAACCAGGGCUUUGAGGUGGUGCUCAAUGACUACAAGUGGUUUGGCUUCUUCAAGUAUUCCCAGGAGGGCUCGGUAGUCAAGAGUUACUGUGAUCAGACGCUUCCUGGUUGGGUUCAUGACGUUGUGGGGAACAACUGGGCCUGUUUCACUGGGAAGAAAAUUCAACCUUUGCCUCCUAAAACCAACUACGUUUCUGCACCUGCCCCGUUCCUGCGGCUUUAUAAGAAUGACCUGAGCUUCGUGGAGCGCAUUAACACAGUACAGAGCUCAUGGAAAGCCAAGGCCUACAGAGAGCACGAGACGGCCACCAUCCAAGAGUUACUGCGGAGAGCCGGAGGGCACAAGUCUCUCAUCCCACGGCGUCUCAACUCCGCCCCGGUCUCCCCAGAGCUUCGUAAGAUGGCUGCCGGUCUUCCAGAGCAGUGGGACUGGAGGAAUGUGAAUGGAGUCAAUUACGUCAGUCCAGUACGCAAUCAAGAGUCGUGCGGUAGCUGCUACUCCUUUGCAACGAUGGGGAUGCUGGAGUCACGAAUCAGAGUCCAGACCAACAACACGCAGCAGCCCAUCUUCAGCCCUCAGCAGGUUGUCUCCUGCUCACAGUACUCCCAAGGUUGCGAUGGCGGUUUCCCGUACCUGAUCGGGAAGUAUGUGCAGGACUUUGGCAUCGUCGAGGAGAAGUGCUUCCCUUACAUCGGGAAAGAUUCUCCGUGCUCCGUCUCAUCCGACUGUCCUCGCAGUUAUGCCUCCAAGUACCAUUACGUAGGCGGCUUCUACGGCGGGUGCAAUGAGGCGGCCAUGAUGAUCGAGCUGGUGAGGGAUGGCCCGAUGGGCGUGGCCUUCGAGGUCUAUCCUGACUUCGUUCACUACAAAGGGGGCAUCUACCAUCACACAGGCCUGCGUGACUCGAUCAACCCUUUUGAGCUGACCAAUCACGCGGUGCUGCUGGUGGGCUAUGGGCGGGACCAGGAGACAGGCGAGAAGUACUGGAUCGUGAAGAAUAGCUGGGGAGCCGAGUGGGGCGAAGAUGGCUACUUCCGCAUCCGGCGUGGGACUGACGAGUGCGCCAUAGAGAGCAUCGCUGUGGCAGUCAAGCCUGUCGCUCAGCUCUGAUGUCACUUCCUGUUUGGUUUGGUGUUGAAGAGCAUCUUUGUGUGUCUGCCUUUGCUAUGAUUCUCUGUAAACUGCCCACUUGAGAUUUGUAAAGGGAAGUUUAAGAAAAGCUGCUGGUGAUCCGACAUGGUUGUGUCCUAAAUAUUUCUUUGGUUGACAAAGUGCACUAUAUAUUACAUGAUUGCGUUUACAUUGGCUACCGUUAUGAGGUACAGCACCAUUCAAAAGUUUGUACACCCCUUCUAAUUCAUACUUGUUAAAUGAGUCACUUUGUAUCUUAAUGAUUGGUUCUUGCUGUAUUCUGGAAUGGAGCUGUUUACUGUUUGAGCUCUCAUUCAGAAGGCAAGAAACUCCUCCACUGACUUUGAGACACCUGUUUAAUUGAAAAGCAUUCCAGGUGCCUCCCUUAUGGAGCUGGUUAAGAUGAUGCCAGUAGUCUACAGAGCGUCAAGGGAAAUGCUGGCUACACCGAAUCUAAAAUAUGAAACAUUUUUCCAUGUUCUGUCAGUAUUGCUCAGGAAAUGGCCAAAAUGGGGGGGUAGACAACCCAUGAUCGUAGGGGUGUCCGAACUUUUGACACUACCUUUUGUGCAGUAUCAAGUCAAGAACGUCAGAAAUUUUAAAAUUCACCGUCCAUUCGUAGCCAGUCAGAUGUUUUAAAUAAUGCUGUAGUAACUAUAAUGGUUUUAUAUAAAACUUGGCUAUUCGGUUCACUUCACUGUGGUGCCUUCAAUAAUCUGAGCUUUAUUAGGGAAAAGGGAUUAUUUUCCUCUUGUGCAUUAGCAAAAGCUGCUAGCAUGUUUUUCAUUGUUCAUGUCUGUCCCAAUCCAUUUUCUCACGACUUCAGAUUAAUAACUGAUCCUUGUUCUUGCAGAUUUAAAUGGUGGCUUAAAAGGGAACCAGUGUUAGGUUUUUGGUAGUUUUUCUCAGGUGUUGCAUACAAAUCAGUCGUUAAACAUGCGUACCAGUAUUUCAGUUAAAUUGUCGUCAUGAUGUGGCUAAAGUGUUAAUGAAUUUUUUUUUUAAAUGUAUCUGAUCAGUUUUAUGCAAAAUCUUUCUAAUGUUCAAUAAAGGUUGCUUUUAAAUA